UAUAUUUAUUUCUGCAAUAAAGCAGAAGCAAAUUUCUUUACACAACUAUAAAAGUAUGUCUGAUCCACACGAUGAACUCUGUCCGCCCAAUCAAGAAGACGAUGAACUAACCUUGCCACGCGCGAGUAUCAACAAAAUAAUCAAGGAACUGGUGCCAUCGAUUCGUGUGGCCAAUGAAAGCCGAGAGCUAAUAUUGAACUGUUGCACCGAGUUCAUACAUUUGAUCAGCUCGGAGGCGAAUGAAGUGUGCAACCAGCGAAACAAGAAAACCAUAAAUGCCGAGCACGUCUUGGAAGCCCUCGAUCGCCUGGGAUUUAAAGAUUACAAGCAAGAGGCGGAAGCGGUUUUGAACGACUGCAAGCAGGUGGCAGCAAAACGAAGGAGGCAGAGCACUCGGCUCGAAAAUCUUGGCAUUCCCGAGGAGGAGCUUUUGCGACAGCAACAGGAAUUAUUUGCUAGGGCCCGGGAGGAACAGGCUGCUGCCGAACAGCAGCAAUGGUACAGUGUGCAGACAGCUACACUACAGAAUGCUGAACUUUUCCAGAAACAAAUGUCGCAAGACGAGGAAGAUAGUGACGAAUAUUAA